GGAAACUAUAAUAUCUCUAACGUCAAGCAAGGCAAGAUAAUAUAACAUGUCUCCUAGCUGAACACUAAGUGUCUAAACCCAUGGACAUGGAAACUACUACCUCAACGCCCUGUCCUCAGGAACAAAGCCUCUACGGGGUAUUAUCCAACCGGAAAGUAUGCCUACUAUCACUUCUUCCCACUUCGUUGACUUCCUAUUCCAGGAAGCAACAAACAGCUCUGAAGCGACCAGAAUUCGAAGCGAUGGGAUUGGCGGCACGAAAACAUCGAUGCGAGCUACCUCUGCGACACCCACAUGCAUCGUGCCUCCUGGUGCCUCGUGCUGUGAAUGAGUGCUCCUUCCCAAGUCAGUGUUCAACAAAACAAUUUCCCCACAACCCAACCUCGCACAAGUGGUUCCCAGCUCAAAAACCGGUGCUACUUGACUCCUGCAAUGCUAAGCAUUUAUCCCCGGAGCUUCUCGAGUCAUGUCGGGACGUUCGACACUGGUCAUUCUGCUCUUCUUUCGCCCUCCUUUUCUGUUUCCCAAGUCAUUCCACGCUUAAAAGCAAGGUGAAACUCCAACUUCUAAUGUCGUGAACUGAGCGCUUACUUAGAUGCCAUUUCCACGUUUCCAUGCUUGUAUGCACCAAAAACUUAGUUGUCUGUCCGAUGCUACCAUUGUCUGUGUGUUGGGGACUCACACGCACCGAUGAAGCGUUGUUGCAAAAAAGUAAAGACACCCUCCCGUCCUCCCUGAUUAUAUCCUGGUUCAGUUGAAAUCACCGCGAUGGUUACUUCUCGGGCUAUUUCGUUCCGGAUAUAUAUUCGAGUGGAUAUUAUUAUAUUAU